GCAGCAGCAGCAGCAGCAGCAGCAGCAGCAGCAGCAGGAAGCACAGUGCAACGUCUUGUGGGAGGAAGCAAAAGGACUCCUCCUGCCUUUUUUUGAAAUAUCCAUGGAUACGUUGGUGGCGCUGCAGCAUGAGUUUGAGCUGCAGCAGCAGACGCUGCACCUUGCUGCUGUGUAUAUACACCUCGUCCUCCAGCAGCAGCUGCUGGAGGAGACGGCCAUGCAUCUGCUGCAGCACAAGCGGGAGGCAAGGAACUUGCAGCAGCAGCUGCAGCAGCAACAGCAGCAGCACCAACAGCAACAGCAGCAGCAGCAACAGCAGCAGCAGCAGCGACGCACCAUGCCAGUGCUGCCUCUCCCUCUGCAGAGCAGGCGUGCUACUGCAGCAGCAGCAGGAACAGCAGCCAGCAAGCUGAAGCACCGCAGCAGCAGCAGCAGCAGCAACAACACCAACAACAAUAACAAAAACAGCGACAGAGAUACCGCUGCUGCUGCUGCAAGCAGCAGAUUCCAUGUGCUGCCCCAGGCAGAAGCACCUGCAGCAGCAACAGCAACUGCAGCAGCAACAACAGCAGCAGCAUGGAUCACACCCCUUCACCCAACGGGUUCCAGCAGCAGCAGCAGCAACAACAGCAACAGCGACUUUGGCGCCUGCUGUUGCCGUCAACAGCAGCAGCAGCAGCAGCAGAAGCAGCAGCAGCAAAAGCAGCAGCAGCAGAGGCAGCAGCAGCAGCAGCAGCAACUAACUCCCGAAGUGAGAAGACCUCAAUCUACAGACGCCGGUUGUUGGCUGCGUCACCAGCCGGUAGCAGCAGCAGCAGCAGCGCAGCAGCAGCAGCAGCAGCAACAGCAGCAGCAGCAAGAGACGUUGGAGCUACUGCUGCUGCACCUUGCAGCAGCAGCAGUUUGUCCUAAGUCUGUGCUGCAGCGGAUUUGCUGCUGCACUGUUGCUGCUGGAAAGAUAGCAGAUGUCUUCAUAGAAAGGAGUCAAGAGUAUUAUAAGACAAACAAUACUGCAGCAUACGCAGAGUCUGCUGCAGCAGCAGCAGCAGCAGCAGCAGCAGCAAAUGCGUUCAACAAACAACGCGCUGCUGCAGCGGAAGCAGCAGCAGCAGCCGUUGCAGAGGUAGUACAUGCUUCCCCCCGCAGCAGCAGCGGCAGCAGCAGCAGCAGCAGCAGCGCAAUACAAAAACUCAGCAACAGCCUAGAACCUGAGAACGCGAUCAAAGACGAACAACUGCAGCAGCAGCAGCAGCAGCAGCAGCAUGGAGAUUUGCUGCAGCUGUUUGGGUGCUGCACUUCCUAUAGCAGCGAGAUGCUUCCUGCAGCAACCCCGCCAUCAGCAGCAGCAGCAACAACAGCAGGAGGAACAACAGCAGCAACAACAGCAGCAACAGCAGCAGCAGCAACAGCAGCAAGGGCUCGUGCUGCAGUGCAGCCAGUGGAGGUGGUGCUGACAGCAGGGGGUUUGCUAGCGGAAGAGACGAAGCUGCUGAAGCUGCUGCACUUUGAUUUGCUGCGGCAUCCCUCAGCGUUUGCUGUUCUUUCUAAUCUAUGGGCAAUUGCUGAAAGAUCUGCUGCUGCUAUUGCCAAGCGCUUGCUGCAGCAGCAGCAGCAGCAGCAGCAGCAGCAAGAAAUGCAAUUCUUACUGUGUCCUGUAGCUGUUGAGGCCCUAACAGCACAUCCUGCUUGCCCUCCUCUGCUGCUGCAGCAGCAGCAGCAACAGCAACAGCAACAGCAACAGCAACAGCAGCAGCAGCAGCAGCAGCGGCAGCAGCAGGUGUAUCAGCGGUGUGAACAGCAGCAGCAGCAGCAGCGCCAGCAGCACAACAGCAGCAGUAACAACAACAGCAGCAGCAACAGCAGCAGCAUGAACAGCAGCAGCAGCAGCAAGAACAGCAGCAGCAAGAACAGCAGCAGCAUCAACAGCAGCAGCAACAGCAGCAGCAGCAAGAACAGCAGCAGCAGCAGCAGCAGCAACAGCAGCAGCAGCAGCAGCUUGUGCGUACCUUCCAGGCCAGAAGCCAGGGAAUCUGAACGGUUGUGCGACUGA